CACAUGUUUUCAUAUCUGCCGUCAUGUGAACGAUUCAAUAGCUUGGUCAAAUAUGUGAAAAUGGUAUUUUAGCCAAGGAAAUGGAGACAUUAGAAAAGAUCUGUGAACAUUGCCUUGCGGUUUGCCAAGUUCCAAUCGGAGUAUCAGAAAUUUACUUACGCAGUCGUGUUGAAAGUCAGUUUCAAUAUGGGCGAAUAUUGGACACUGACAGAGUCGACGGAAUCGAAAGUAGCAGAAACUUGACGAGAUUUGUGCUAUUAUGUUCCUCAGCAGCAGAUGUAGAUCAUAUGUGUAAAGAGGUGAAAGAGGAAGAUAUACAAAUAGAAGACAACCAUUUCACAGUGAAAUAUCAGAAAGCAGUAUCUUGUGAAUUUCCAGACAGAUGGGAUGAUUUUGAGAUACUAGAGCCUGAUAACAGUCAGCCUCAGUCCUCUACUGAUUCAACACGUGAACCAGAGUCACAUGUAGGACCAGAGCUACCACCCAGGAGACCAAAACAACAAACACCACCACAUGCAUGGCCUCAAGGACCCUAUGGUGCUAUGUCAGGAUUUUAUCACAACAUACCAAUACAUCCUCAGGGAGAUGCAGAUCACAUACAAGGAGCUUAUGAUCUAAAAAUGAACCAAGACGAUAUACGUCAACAAAUGCAUAAGUUUGCAAAUGCACAGGCUCAGCCUUCCAUGCAAGGGCAUGAACACCAGCAAGAUGAUCCUCUAGGCUUGGGCCCGCAACAUGGUCCACAGCAAAUGUUUCAGUGUGACCCUGGUGGUCAAGGACAGUUUCAACCAGGGUUUUCUAUGUUUGCAAUGCCCCAAACUUCUCAGCCUGACAAACAUAAUGCCCCAAGAGAACAAAAUAUGCAAUUUAGACCUCGAAUGCCUAUGCCAUUUAUGGUUUAUGAUCCUCAAAGUCGUCAGAUGAUCCCGUUUCCUGGACCAGGAUUUCCUGGCAUGCCACCACAGCAGGCUCAAGAGGGAAGUGAACCUUGGAGACUUCCACCUCAGCUGCCUUCAGGACCACCUCCACCUUACAAUGAUGAAAAGUUCAGAGGUCAAGGCCAGUCUUUUGAAGUCAAGUCAUCAAUAGACAGACCUGAUUAUGGUUUAGCCAGGCAGAGUCAAAUCAUUGCAGAUCAGGAUGAAGAAAUGCAAAACUUGCAGGCAAAAUUAGGGAGAGAAAACCAAGCAGAAACAAUAGGAGGCCAAGAACAUGGGCUACAGCAUGGAACUAUAAAUGAGGAACCAGAAGAUAAAAAAGAGGAACCAGAGAUGCUAGUUACCGAUGAGAACCAAACAAAAAUAGUGGUCAGCAACCUGCCUUCGACUGUUCAUGAAGAAUAUUUGGAAAUGUAUUUUGAGAACACAAGAAAGGGUGGUGGUGGUCCCGUGUUCCAUGUUGACAUUAAUGAAGAGAAUGGUACAGCUAUUGUGGAGUUUGAAAACCCAGAAGCUGUCGAUAUUGUCUUAAACAAAUGUCCAAUAAAGAUGAUGGGACAAGAAGUUGAAGUGAUAGUAUACAAGCCAGAGCCUCCUGUUCCGCGGUGUACCAUCGAAGUGACUGGUCCAUGCAGUAUCGUGUGUGAGGAACAGCUUGAGACAUUGGAAAUGUACUUUGAAAGUUUUAAACGGUCCGGUGGUGGUGAAGUAGUUGAUUGCAGAUUUGAUAAAGAAAAUAAUAUGGUCCUUAUAACAUUUGAGAAUGAAGAAGUGGCACGAAGAGUCGAAGAAAGAGUGGCUCAUGUUGUAAGAAAAGAAAAACUCAAUGUCGCACUACAUGUUCCUACCAAACUGUCCAAAAAGUUAGACAAAACGAAGGAAGAAGAUGAACCCGAACCACCAAAAACAAUCAAAGUGAAAGGUGUUGACAAGUCUGCAUCUAGAGAUACAGUUGAAUUUUACUUUGAAAAUUCAAGACAGUCCGGAGGUGGCGACAUUGAAACUAUCAAAAGUUAUGAAGAAGAUGAGGAUGUCAUAUAUAUCACAUUUAAAAACCAAAAAGACGCAAUUAAAGUGAUGGAAAGAGGCCAUCACAAAGUGGACGGCAAAGAGCUGAGUGUUUCACUGUAUGUGCCUCCAACACCGCCACCGACUUAUGAGAACAAGAUUCUUAUCAAAGGAUUAAAAUCAGACACAACAUAUGAUUGUUUGUACAACUUCAUACAGGCAAAGACAGGAUAUGAACCAGAUUCUAUGUUCUGGCAUGCAGAACAAGAAGAUGUUGUCAUCAUUACCUUUAGUGACAACCCAGAUUUCCAGGAACUCGAGAAGAUAUUCGGAAAAACUAAAUUGGAAGGAGCCUCACUGAAGGUUUAUCAGGUUCCAAUAUCUAGCUGUAUAAUAGUGGCUAACCUGCCAUCUGGUGUUACUAAAGAAACUAUUGAGUUCUACUUUGAAAACACUCGAAAAAGUGGUGGGGGACAGGUUGAGAAAGUGGUGAUGAAUGAUGAUGACACUUGUCUUGUCUACUUUGCUGACUAUUCAAUAAUUGACAAAGUCCUCGGUAGAAAACAUGUUUUGAGUAAACAACAAUUAGGAGUGAAACGAUACCAGGAAUGUCUAGGACGCCCUGAAGGAGAUAUCUGUGAAAGGAAACUAAAUCUACCUGGUCCUGUGAAGAUGAAAGAUAUUUGUCCUCAGAAACAGAAAUUUUUAAAAGCUUCUAAAUGUUAUCAAGAAGCUCUAGAGAAACAUAUGCAGAGCUGCCAUGCGCGUGUUGUAUUGCCUACAGAUGGUGCGGACGUAACUUUGAAAUGUGCUAUAUCAGAAGAUGUAGAGAACUGUUUUACGCUGGUUAAAACAUGGAAAAUGGAGGCAGAGAAAUGUUUUGACCAUUUCUUAAACACAAUCGUUGUCCAUCAGAUAAGUGUUUUGCAAGAAAAUUGGGACAAGGCUGUGGAACGGUUAGAGCCCAUUACAAGAAAUGUUCGUGAUAAUGUUGCAGUGUUUUUAGAAAAGAAUGACGCCAUUGUAACAGUUGUUGGAAACAAACAUCCUGUUGAAAAUGUUGCAAGGAGCAUUUACGAAAUAUUAUUGAAAAUUGCAGAAGAAGCUCAAAUAGUUAAGGAAACUUUCAACAGUUUAAAAUCUUUAGAGACAAGAUUGCUUCUUGUCAGCAAAUUUCCGACUACGGUUGAGGAACUGAUUCCAGAAGUGAAAGUAAAAAUCAAUCAAGAGAAAAAUGAAAUAUUGUUUGAAGGGUCUCGAGGAAAUGUACGCGAUGCAAAAUUAAAAUUGUAUGAAAUGAAAAGCAAAUAUGUGCAAAGGUCUCUUGAAAACAUAUCCACACUUUCAGCAGGACUUCUUAAAGUUAAGCAGACAAAACAAUAUAUUGUGAAUAAAUUUAAAAUGCAACAGGUUACUGGAGUUUGGGAAAUACAGGGGCAAACACUGGUAAUUAUCAGUACAUCAGAACAAACAAUUGAUCAGUGUGUAAGCAUAAUCCGUGCAUCAGUAAUGGAACAAUGUGUAGGAUUGACAAAAUCAUCUGCGUCUGUUAUGAAUUCAGAGGCCUGGCUGUAUAAGGUAGAAGAAUGGCACUCUCAGUAUGCUGGAAAGGCACACAUUGCUGUUGAUGAUUUCAUGACUAAAGUUGAGAUUUGUUCUACAGAUGACAUCGCAAACGAACUUUUAGAUAGCGUGAAGAUUUUUCUUGGUUCCAACACAGUAUUAGAGGAAAACAUACCUUGUAACAAACAUCUGCACAAAUUGAUAGAAAAGCAUCACAAAAAUGAAAUCAGUCAAAUUUGUAAAGAGUUACAGAGUUACCAUGUAAGCAUUAUUUCCUCAGAAUAUAAUGGAUGUAGGAUAUGUGGCACUGAAGACGGAAUUAUGAAAUCGAAAGAAUUACUAAACAAACUAUUUGAUAAAGUCAAGCUAAAAGAUCGUACAGUAGCAAAACCAGAUUUAGUUCAACAAAUGAAAACGCAUAGCGUUAUGGACGAUUUAAGUGCUACAGAAAGAUCCAUUCCUCAUGUAAUAUCAUUGAAAGAUGAAUGGGACAAAGAGCAAAAGUGCAAUAUUUUAUCUACAAUCAAUGAAAAAAGAAACAAAAUUAAGGUGAAAGCUAGCUGUAAAGCGUAUGCCAACAGGAAAGUGUACACCGCAGUAGGUGACAUAGCUGAGAUGCCUGUACAAGUCCUCGUAAGUGCUGCCGAUGAAACAAUAAAUCUCAGUGAGGGAAUAGGGAAAGCAUUGGUUUUAAAAGGAAAACCGAAAGCCGAUUAUAUUGUUCAUGUUAUUGGACCGGUUUGGAGAGGUGGAGAAAACAACGAGGAAGACAUGUUGGAAGAGACGGUUUUUAAAUGCAUGCAGCAAGCCUCUGAAAAGGGUGCGACAUCAAUGGCAAUACCUGCAAUCAGUUGCGGUGCAUUUGGAUACCCAGUUAAACAGGGUACCAAAACAAUAGUAAAAGCUAUGAAAAACUUCUUUCAUGAAGUCCAAGAGAGCCGUAUAUCAGAUAUAUAUCUGUGUGAUGUAAAAUGUAACACAGUCGAUAGCUUCACAGACGCCUUAAAAACGGAAUUUGACAACAUACAUAUUGAAGAUGAGUCUGAAGAGAAAGAUAAUGAACCAUAUGUAGACCUAUCCCCGCAAUCCAGAUCGGACUAUUAUUCACGCCAACAAAUGGCAGAAAUGGGUAGUGAUGAUGUGCAUAAUGAUGAGUAUUACACAAGUUCAGAUGCAGAUAAAUUUGUGAACAGCGGCCGCCGUAAAGUGGAAGAAAAAGAGUUAGAUGUUGCUCUCUGUAAUCCUCCAGUACCAGCAACAUCCUACAAGAACAAGUUUCUCAUUAAAGGAUUAAAGCCAACUACAACACAGGAUUGUUUGUUCAACUUCAUAGAGGCAAAAACAGGAUCUAUACCACAAACCAUGGACCAUCAUGCAGAACAAGAUGGUGUUGUUAUGGUUACCUUUACUGAAAGUCCAGAUUUCCAGGAAUUAGAGAAGGUAUUUGAAAAAAACAGAUUGGAAGGAGCCUCACUAAAGCUAUACACUGUUCCAAUAUCUAACUGUAUAACAGUGGCUAAUCUAGCAUCGGAAGUAACGAAACACACUGUUGUGUACUACUUUGAAAAUACUGAAAAAAGUGGCGGCGGACAAGUUGAGGAGGUGGUGAUGAAUGACGAUCAAACAUGCCUCGUAUACUUUGCAGAUUUUAAAUUAAUUGAUACAAUUUUAGAAAAGAAACACAAAUUAUGUGGAAAACAUCUUAAUGUGAAACGUUACCAUGAUUGCCUUGGCAGACCAGAAGGAGAAAUAGCUGAAAGAAUGUUACGUAUACCAGAAGACUUAGUACUUAAAGAUGUUGACCCUAAAAAAAUCAAAUUUAUGAAACAUUCCAAUCAGAAUCGCUCAGCUUUAGAAAUACAGCUGGACACUUUUUACACAAAGAUAUAUUGGCCUGAUGAAACUGGACAUGUUGUUUUGACAUGUACAUUAACAAGAAAAGUGAAGGAUUGUUUCAGAUUGGUAAAGCAGUGGAAGGAAACAGCAGAGCAGAACUUUCGAGUCUUCAUGAAGAACAUUUUUGUUAACAAAGUGCCAGUGCUGCAGGAUAUUUGGUCUAAAGUAAUGGAAGAACUAAAAACUGUCACAAUAGAUAAUCCAGAAGCUGUUGCUAUAUUCGUAGAUAAAAAUGAGGGCAUUAUAACACUUGUAGGGAACAAACGUGUUACUGAAAGUCUUUCAAAAAAGAUUGUUUUUGUUAGAAAAAAGGUCAUGGCAGAAAUAGAGAUGGAGCGUGAAAAAAUUAAAGAAGUUUUCACGUCAUUGAAAUUAAUUGAAACAAAAAUGCUUUUAGCUGAUAAAUUUCCCGCAGAAAUGGAGAAUCUUUUCCCUGACCUAAAGGUAAUAAUAAACCAAAACAAAAAUGAGAUUGUUUUUGAAGGGCCAUUAGGGCAGGUACGUGAUGCAAAGUUGAAGAUGUAUGAAAUGAAAAGCAGAUUUGCAAGUGCUAGUAUUGACAAAAUAUCCGAUCUAGCAGCUGGGUUGUUCCUUUUGAAACAGACAAAUGACCACAUAGUUAAAAAAUUAAAAGCAUAUCAUCUCACAGCAGUGUGGGAUAUCAUAGACGGAGGCUUGGUUGUAUACAGUACAUCUGUUGAACAAAUUCAAGAUUGUUUGAGUGUAAUACGUGGGUCAGUCAUUGAAAACACUAUUGCUCUUAAAAAUGCUUCGAAAACAUUGGUGAAUUCAGAAGGUUGGCACACUAAAGUUGAUGAAUUACAUGCUCACCAUACUGGAAAAAGCUACAUAAAAGUAUCAGAGGAUGCUAGAAAAGUUCAGAUUUGUGCUACUGAUGAUAUAUCAAAUGAAAUAGUCGAUAGUUUGAAAAAGUUCCUCCGUUUGACCACUGUGACAGAAGUAAAAGUCACAUGUACCAAGAAUGUCUGUCGUCUGAUUGAAAGACAUCAUAAAAGCGAACUUCAAAAUAUUGCAAAAGUUUUACAGCACAGUCAUAUACAGAUAGUGUCAGUACCAGGAUAUGGAGGAUUUGAAGUCCAUGGAACGGAAGAUGGUAUCCAAAAAGCAAGAUCAGAUCUGUUGGCAUUAUUAAAAAGAGUACAACAGCGUGAAUAUAUCUUGAGCAAACCUGGGUUAGCUGAUCACAUGCAAACCCCGAAAGGAAAAGACAACCUUAAUACAAUAGAAAGUACACUGGCAUGUGUGGUGUCUGUGAAGGGUGAUGAUUAUGAUGAGGAAAUUCUUGAUGAUCCCUAUGAUACAAUUCCAGCACACAGUGAAGUGAAUGAAAAUAUUGGAAUUAAAGGACUGAAAAUCAUAGGUUAUUGUAAGGCAUAUGAUUGUAGGAAUAUAUAUACAGCAGAGGGUGACAUGACAGAGCUGACUGUUGGUAUGAUUGUAAACUUAGCAGAUGACAAACUCAGUUUAACUGGAGGACUUGGAAAAGCUCUUGUGCAAAAAGGUGGCAAAGAAAUACAGAGGGAAUGUACUGAAUACAUAAAAUACGAAGGCAGACUUGAUGACGGUGAUACAUUUGUUAGUACUGCAGGAAAGUUAAAGGCAGAUUUUAUCGUACAUGUAAGGGGACCAGUUUGGAGGGGAGGCAUGAUGAAGGAAGAUGAGAUGUUGGCAGAAGCUGUCUUUAAGUGUCUUCAGCAAGCUUCUACAAGAAGUCUCACAUCAGUUGCUAUGCCAGCUAUAAGUUGUGGUACAUACGGAUACCCUGUGCGGAAAGCCACCUUGACAAUAGUACAAGCUGUGAAAAACUUUUUCCGUGAAGUGCAGGAAAGCACAGUGACAGAUAUAUACUUAUGUGAUAUGAAGUUAAAUAUAGUUGAAGCAUUCAACGCCUCACUCAGCAAUGAAUUUGGUGGAACAGAUUUCCAGAAAUAUGUUCUUAAGCAGAAUGAAAGGCCACGUCCAGCCGCGAGAAAGUCUGCUUCAUAUGAUGAUGAGUAUGAGGAUAAUCCUUAUGAUAUACGACCAAUGGACACUGACGAGGAGGAAGAUGACGACUACUACACUAGCUCUAGUGUCAUGGCUCCUCCUAGAGGAAGACAACCGCCUCUUUUACCAAAGGGUAGACCUAUUAAGCGAAGUGACAGCGGUGCAAGUAUAGGAAAUAUUGAUGUUUCUGUUGUGAAAGGGGAAAUUGCUCGACAAAAAGUUGAUGUGAUAGUUAACACUACCGCUAAAAAUCUUGACUUAAAGAAUGGAGCUGUUUCAGGCUCGUUAUUGAAAACAGGCGGAAUAAAACUUCAGCAAGAAGUAUCAGGAAAAUAUCCAAACGGUAUAAAAAUUGGUGAACUAGCUAUAACAUCUGGGCAGAAACUGAAGUGUGAUGUUGUUAUCCAUAGUUCCAUGACAAAUUGGGAUGGAAGCAAAGAUACAUUAUGUAAACAGGCUUUACAAAAGUUAGUGAAAGACUGUAUGAAAGAAGCAGAGAAACAAAACAAGACUAGUAUAGCAUUUCCUGCUAUAGGCACUGGUAACCUUGGAUUUCCCCGCGACAUAGUGGCAAGCGAAAUGCUUACAGCUGUAUCCAAAUUUGCAAAAAGAAACCCAGUGUCUAGUGUCAGAGAUGUUAGAUUUAUAGUUUAUCAGAAGGAUUUUCAAACAAUUCAGGCAUUUGAAGCUGAAAUUGAAAGAUGGGCUUCUGGGAAACGUGGUGGGAUACAAAGACGGAAAUUUAAUGCAUAUGAAGACUUACAGCAAGGAAGACGGAAAGGAUGGUGGAGUGGAAAAGAAGCAGAUGAUGAUCAAUCUAGCAGACCGAAAGGGAAGAAAAAGCCCAAGACACAAACGGACCCUCAUACAGUCACAUUUAUUAUUCUUGCUGUGUCGGAAGAUACAAUCAACCAAGCUAUUAAGAAAUUGGAAAGUUGCCUUGAAAAAGAUGUCCACUUUAAACGCUUUGAUGAUAGCAUAAUAAUGAAAAUGGAUGAUAAUCAGGUGAUGGAGAUUAAAGCAAUUGCAAGGCAGUUUCACCUCGAGAUGCAACUGGAAUCAGCUAAGGGACAUAUACAAAUAUCUGGUAUUGCCUCGAAUGUCAUGUCUGCAUCUGAUAAAAUUCAUAGGAUAAUGCGAGAUGCUGUUUCGCUUGAACAAGCGAAACAUUGUGCGGCACUUAUGAGUAAUCUUGUCCAGUGGAGCUACAUAGAGACAGGAGAAACUGGCCAGUCACUGAUACCAUAUGACAAGGAUUUGAAUUACAAAAUAGAAACUGCAUACAUCUCGAAAGCACCAAAUGUGAAAUUCAGCUCUAAUAAAACCAAAUAUGUGGUGGAUUUCAACAAAAUGGAAGAAUACCCUGCGGAUGAUAUGACUGAUGUUGUGACAGUUUUACGUAGAGAUCUUGUGAAGCAGGGUGUCUUUAAACUACCAUUACUUUGGGCAGAUAUGACUGGAAAUCUUGAAGUUGUUGUACUACCGACUGCAAGUCAAGAAUAUCAAGAUGUAUCACAACAGUGUGUGGCUUCAGCUGGUGCUGGUUUUACUGUUGUUAAGGUAGAGCGUGUGCAGAAUAAGACGCUUUGGGCUCAGUACCAGGCAAAGAAGAAACAGCUUGAUGAUCAGAACCCACCCAAUACUACAAAUGAAAGAUUAUUAUGGCAUGGCACAGCAGUGGAAACAGUAGACUUUAUUAAUGAAUUUGGAUUUAAUAGAAGUUACUGUGGCAGAAAUGCCACGAUGUAUGGUCACGGCGUAUAUUUUGCAGUAAGUGCACAGUAUACAUGUAGAAAUACAUACUCCCGACCUGAUCCUAGUGGCGUAAAGAGAAUGUACUAUUGUCGUGUGUUGACAGGGGAGUUUACUCAAGGCAAACAAGGAAUGCGUGUACCGCCGAACAAAGGUGGCGCUGGGAGCACAGCUUUAUAUGACUCUGUUGUUGAUGGACCAGGCUCUCCAGGAAUGUUCAUUAUAUUUCACGACACACAAGCCUAUCCAGAAUAUCUUGUAUCAUUUAAGCCGCAGUAAAAAAUCCAUGAAAAUAUGAGGAGAAAUAAUGACAGUGUAUGGUUCGGCCAUCCUUUCACUCUGCUUUCAGUUUCAGUAUAUUCUAAUAUUUGUAAAUUGUGAAAAUGAUCAGCAUGCAUUUCAUAGUGCUGUAUUACAUUGACACAUUGGAUAAAUUUGAAUCUUGUUGCCUGACCAAAAUAAUAAAAAUUGAUACUUGCAUUGGUCUUAAAAUGCAAAAAUGUAAUUGUUCUAAAUGAAAAAGUAGUAAACAAAAUCAUAAGGCCUAAAAAGAUCUUUGUUUCCGGUAACAUGCUCAAAAAAAUUAGGGUUGGUAGGUCGGAAAAUAUUGAUUUUUUUGAUUUUUUUUUAUUUAGUGAGACUUCGGAAAGUAUUUUUAUGUCAAAAAAUGAAUACAAAUAAGGGGGUUAUGCCUUUCGAGCAUCAGUAAGUUGAUUUCUAACAUCACUGGCCAUGUUUAAAGCAUAAAAAAGAAGUUUUGCUUUUUUUUGUUAAAGUUGAAAAAAUUAUUCUCGAAAGCCAUAAAAAUAUUUAGGGUCGGGCCAAAAAUUUAGGGUAGGUCGGGAUACCGGAAACAAACAAUUGUUUCUACGCCUAAGAAACUUAUGUAAAUACAGUGCAACCCCUGUAGAGCAACACCCUUUGAGAGAUACAAAUAUUGACUUAUGUAGAGGUUGUUGUUCUGGAGAGGUAACUUUGUUAGUAUAUUUCAGCUUAGGGAAAUUUUGAUGAUGUUGUUAUCGAGAGGUUUUGGCUUAAGAGAGAGCCGCUCUGGAGAGGUUGUACUGUAUAUCAAGUAUUAUAUAUAGCUGAAGUCUUUGGUGAAGUUUAGAAAACACACCUGAAACUAUUUAAUAUGAUUCCAUUUUCGUUAAAAUUUACAAUUGUUUGUUAUAAGUACAUUGUAUAAAAGCUAUUCACAUUUUCUUUUGAUAUUUAAUCAGUGCGUUAAUACAUUCCCUUUGGAGCACGGAACGCAAACAAUCGAAGUGAUAGUUGAGUCUAUCCAUGAUAAGAAAUGAAAUUAAAUCAGUUAACAACACUGAGGCUAAGUACACAUUUUUAUAUCAAUUUUAUCUGUUUCACUUGAUUUUAAAAUUCAGUUGGCAAAUGCAAGUAGCACAAUUGUGCCAGCAGAUGUCUGAAAAGUGUGUGUCUUCAACAUUAAUGAUGUAAAUACUACAGAAUUAUUGUACUGAUACAUUUAUUUGAACUUUCUCUCUAGAUAUUUGAACUUUCUCAUUUGUCAUUAAUUAUUGUGCGUUCAAAAUGUCUUUUAGAAAGCUUCAGUUCAUUUGCCAAUCGCAUCAAUUUAUUUUGGGAACGCUUUGAUUUAAUGACCAUUGUUGUUGACUAUUCCAUAAAGGAUUUUAAUCAGAGAGAAGUAGGCUUUAACCCCUCUUGAUUUAAUUAUUCUUAUUGAGCUUUAAACGAAUUACAUUGUAUAGCGAAGUUCAAAUAAUUAGACAGAUUUUCAAAUCAGUUAGUUUCUGUUAAUUUGACGUUCCAUACUAUGUGGGGAAGCUCUGUAUAGAUUAACAUUUUUCUUUUGUCUGUUCUUAAAUUGUCGCCAGAUAUUGUAUAUCAGUUCACCUUUCAAUUUAAAUGGUCAGCAUGUGGUUCUGGGACAACUUACGAAUAAAAAGAAUUGGAACCACCGCAUUACGUUUGCAUGCUCGUAGCAGGCGCCCAUAACAGGGUCUGAACUAUGGUGGUUGAUUUCUGCCAACUUUGCAUUUUCGCUUUUUCGCCCGCUUUAGAUAUGUUUAAGGAGGAUGAUUCUCUAACUGAAGGUUCUAAUUCAUUCCAUAGCUAAUGCUGGUAUAUAAAUUUUGAGAAUAUUUCUGUACGGCGUACUGAAGUCACAAGGUUGUCAUUAUUAGUAGACUGGUAGUGUUAUGAGAUGUGACAGAAUGUAUAUUUUAUACAGCGCAUGUGCUACAGGUAGGCGACAAAGCGAAAUAACAACAUUUUUAAAAAUCUCGCCUUGUCGUUUCGUCGCCUAGGACAAAGCGAAAAGGCGAACACCCGCCAAAAGAAAAUCUCGCUUUGUCGCCUUCCUGAGCAUGCACACCAUUGUUAUGAGAUAUGAUAGAAUGUAUAUUUUAUGUAGACCUUGCGCAAGAGGGAGGCAUCUAAGCGAAAAGGGGAGACUUCUAGUAUUUGGCGGGUUGUCACCUUCUCGCUUUGUCCCAGGCGACAAAGCAACAAGGUGAAAAGGCGAGAUAUUUCGCCUUAUCGCGUUGUGGUUUUUCGUUUGUCGUGUUCUCAAUCUCGCCUUUUUGCCCUGGCGCCCGCGAUAAAGCGAAAAGGCAACAACGCGCCAAAAACAAAAAUCUCGCCUUUUUCGCUUAAAGGCGAAGUUCGCAGAAAUCAGCCACCAUACUGAACACUUGGUUUUGCUGUAUCCCUGUGAUUCCAGCAAGUGUAAAAGUUGUGGUUCCAAACCUCAAUUUAAAUGUUGAUGUAUAUUAGAUUUGAUUAGAUUUCUAUUUUUGUACACACAUUUUAUAUGAUAAAUCAGCACAAUUAUUAAUUAAUUAAAAACUGUCCGAUCAAUUUGAGUAGCAUUGCGUGUGUUCUUGCAAUGUUUUGAAAGUACACCUCUGAUCAAUAUGAUUCUAUACACUCAUCACAGUUUUGAAAACAUAAGUGAUAUCUCCUGCAAGAAAAAUUCUCAUAUGCCGCGCUUAUUGCCCCUCCCCCUCACCCCACCCAUUUCACCCCUUCCAAACGAUUUUUUUUUCACAUUGCUAAUACUGAUUUUUUUCUUGUUUUGGGACUACCUCUGUGCUUUUCAGGAUUUGUUCAUACAAAAAACUGUUGUCUAAAUAUUCAAGGUAAGGCGAGUGACCUAGGGACAUGAUGGUGCUCUUGUUUAUGUCAGAGGUAGAUUGUUUGCUCUUUGUCGGUUGGUCAACUUCCCGAUCCAUAGUUAGAGAACGUUUUGGCUGUAGACGGUAAUCAAACUAAUUUGGAUGACUGCCUCAUAGGUAUUGGUUUCAAUGUCACUAUGUCAAAAGUCAAGGUCAAACUGACAUCGAGACUUAAAACAAUUUCCCAUCAAUAACAAUUUCUGGAGAUCGAUUCGCUCUGCAGUAGUCAAACUAAAUAGGAUGAUUGCCUGUGGUCUAUAAAUGAACUAUAUUGUUUUGGGUUUCAACAAGUCUAAGGUCAAGGUCGAAAUGACCUCGGAACUGGAAACAGUUUCCGAUCAGUAACUUAAAAAGAUUUGGCUAGUAAAUGUACAACUUCAGUUUAUAAGAAUAUUGGUUUUGAAUUUUAAAGGACAGUGUAACACUGGCCUUGAGAUUAAAGCCAUUUUCGGAUAAGCCAGAAAACGUUUAGGCAGAUGACAGCAUGCUUACCUGUGGUGAUUAUAUGAACUCUGUUGUUUUUAUGUCAUAAUGUUAAAGGAAAGGUCAAUAUCAGAGAAUACUUAAAAUUUGAAAUUACACUCCAGGUUACCUUAGACAAGCCAUCAUUUGGGGGCAUAUGUGUUUUACUGACUGCUCUUGUUACUAUCAGAGUUAUGUUUACAAAGGGUGUUAACAAUUUCGUACUGGAAUAAAGGUGUUUUAGGGUUUUCUUCAAAGCACUUCUAUGUACAUUUAUUUUGAAAAAAAAGACUGAUAUCUUAUAAUUUAUGCUUGUUUACUUAUAAUUUCAUAUUUAUCAUGCUCUUAAGUAAGGGACCCUUAAUGAUUACCGGAAAUUUAUAUUAUACUUAAGAAAUGAUUUUCCCCUGUUCAUGCGAAAUGAAAGACAGAAUAGGAUGUCGCGCUAGCGAUUCAUAUUUAAUUUUCCGAUCUUAUUCUGUCGUUCAUUUUGUAUGAACGUCGAAAAAAAAUUAAUUCGUUUCUUAUAUUAUAUUAUAUUCCCCUUCCAUCAGCUUCCACCAGAUGGAACAACUGCGACGCCAAAACAGCGGCCCAUUAUCACUAAGCAACGCUGACAUUCUUUUUAAAACAAUAUGAUCGUCAUGAUUGUUAAUGGAAAAGAAUAGGGCGGAUGUAAAUAUAUAUGUAUAUUAAACACAUUGGCACUUCCUAGCAGGUAUGAGCUUCCUCAUGCUAUUGAGAAAAUGUGAUCGCACGGAACUUGCCUGGUGUCAUACCUGCAGUAUGUCUGACAAAGGAAUAAAUGACAUUUCGCGAUUGCAAGAAAUGUUAUUAUAUAAAUAUAAUGUGUUUUUUACAUUCACGAAAGAUUAUGUAUGGGAAGAAAACUAUUUUAUUUCCGUAUAAACACAUUGGCGUUACGAUAUCAAGGACGGUCUUUUCCGUGAGAUUGCACGCCAACCUGACGUCAUUUACAAAAAAAAAAUGUAAAAGGUCGUCGUUCGUAAAAUUCUUUCACAAUUUGACACCGAAAUUUCAAAAAGAACAAUUAAUUAAAACUAAAACAUUUUUUUUUCAACGGUAAAGAUCAAAUCUGAAUCGACACCACUAUAUUGUUUUUCAACGAUAUUUUAAAUGGAAGCAGAGAACUGUAUUUCUGUCGAACUGUGAAUUACAACAGAACGUGGGCGGGUCCUUUUUCCUGUUUUAUUUACAUUUUGAAAAGAUUUUUCAUUUUCUAGACUAAAUUUUCAAGGAAAGCAGACCACUUUUUGUAGCCAUCUAUAGCAAUACAAAUGUUAGAAUGAAAUAAAGCGUUUUUGGAUUUGCAAGAAGUCACAGUGCUGUUUAUACCCGUAUAAUGCACAAAAAUAUCAGUUUAAAAUUCUGAAGUAAGUAGUAAUGACUUAAUUAAGAUAAUGAAUAUAACAAUAAUAUUUCUGCAGGUACAUUUUUCUUGUAUCUUAGUAUGCCUAAAAUAUUUAUCUUCAGUAAUUAGAAAAAGUGUUACUAGCUGCUCUGUUUGGUAUUUAUAAUUAAACUCUCUUUCAAAAGA